AUGGAUCCCACUGGUCGUCUUCUUCAUCAGCACCAUCAUCAUCAACCUUUUCUCUCACCUUUCCUUCUCAACAAUCACUGCAACAGACAACAGAUUUCAUUACUUACUCUAAAAUUCUCCUACUCCUCAGAAGUGAGUUUUCUAGGGUUUCCGAUUCAGCUCCAUCCGAUUAUUCCAGUUGGGAGAUCACGAGCAUUCAUUGGCAGAUGUGCAUCAAACAAGUUCUCUGACUCAUUCCAGAAUGAUCUUUCCUCAAAUUAUGCAUCUGAACCUCCUCAGAUGCUUGAGCAAAAUGAGGAGGCUUCUUUUCUCACAAUUUUGAACGGAGCAAAUGCUAUUCUCCCUCAAGUGAUCAUCGCCAGUACGAUUUUGGCUCUUAAAUAUCCACCUUCUUUCACAUGGUUUACUACCAGGUAUUAUACCCCAGCUUUAGGUUUUCUGAUGUUCGCAGUAGGAGUGAAUGCUAGCGAAAAGGAUUUUGUUGAAGCAUUCAACAGACCAGCAGCUAUUUUUUCUGGUUAUGUCGGCCAAUUUGUUGUAAAGCCUCUUCUUGGAUAUCUUUUUGGCACAAUUUCGAUAACUAUGUUGGGUCUCCCUACUUCCUUAGCUGCUGGGAUCAUGUUGGCUUCUUGUGUUAGUGGUGCCCAGCUCUCAAAUUAUGCCACUUUUCUAACAGAUCCCACUAUGGCCCCUCUAAGCAUAGUGAUGACAUCGUUGUCAACCGCAACUGCAGUUUUUGUCACUCCAAUCUUGUCAUUGCUGCUUAUUGGCAACAAUAUACCCCUUGAUGUAAAAGGCAUGGUGUCCAAUAUUCUGCAGAUCGUAGUUACUCCCAUUGCUGCUGGCUUGCUACUGAAUAGGUUCUUUCCUCAGAUUUGCAACGCUAUACGCCCAUUUUUGCCUCCCCUAUCUGUAUUGGUGACUGCUCUCUGCAUUGGAGCUCCACUUGCUAUCAACAUAGAAUCUGUUCUUUCUCCUUCUGGAAUAUCUGUUGUGUUGCUUGUCAUUGCAUUUCAUUUGUCGGCAUUUAUUUUCGGAUACGUCUUUACCGGCCUGAUCUUUCGCAAAGCCCCUGAUGUAAAACCGCUGCAGAGAACAUUAUCCUACGAGACAGGUAUGCAGAGCAGUCUUCUGGCCCUUGCACUUGCGAAUAGGUUUUUCCAAGAUCCAUUAGUGGGUGUGCCCCCUGCCAUAUCUAUGAAGGAGAUGGGGUUGAAGUAUAGAUGA